UGACUGCGUUGCUAACACGCUAGCGUUAACCACAGCUUUAUCCUAAACCCGGUGUGAGUCAACCGCACAGACUACAGGUGAUACUGCAAAUGUAUUAAUUGUUAACGAGGGGCUUGUCCUGCCCUAAAACCACCUCUUGCCCUCAGAUUUUUCCUCAUGUUUUGGAAAACGGAGAUAGCUUAGACUGACAACACUGAAGCUAUCUUGAACACAUGAGAAAGGCGGUGGAUUUCCUAGCUUCACCGGACGAGUUACGAAAGGGAAAUCUUGCAGUUCAUGUUUCGCCAAGAAGUCAGUGUGACGUCUUUUAUUCCAUCUUGUUCGUACCUUUUCCACUACGAGAAGAGGAAUAUGUCCAGAUAUAACAUUUACAGCCUGUUGGACUGGGUAUAUGGUGGAGUGGACCCUAAAUUUGAGGGCAAUGGGGGUCCCGAGUGUGCCGCCUUUAUUGCCCCUCAGCAGCGGCUCAUUGAGACUCUUCUUGUCAUCGUUAUAUCGUUAGUGGAAAUUGGUUUGGCGUUGAAGAAAAUAAGCAUGUCCAAAGACUUGAAAGUGAUCGGGAAAGACUGCAAAAACGCAAAACAGGACAGUAUGGGAAAGAACCUGUUGCUGGUUGCGUUGUGCAUGACCUUUGGCAUUGAAGUGGGGUUCAAAUUUGCCACCAAAACUGUCAUAUAUCUACUGAACCCCUGCCACGUCGUGACCAUGAUUCAGAUUUUCCUACUGGCCUGUCCACCAUGUAAAACUGCAAUGAUUGUGUUCAGGUUGCAGGUUCACAUGUUGAAUGGUGCAUUACUGGCCCUUAUGUUCCCUGUAGUAAACACUAGGCUGCUGCCGUUUGAGAAAGAGAUUUAUUACAUCCAACACUCGAUGCUGUACCUGGUACCGCUGUACCUGUUCAGGAAAGGAGGUGUGUACAAGCCCGAGCCCCUCGGGGACAUGUGGUGGGCUCUGCUCUCUACUGGCAUCCUCUUCCUCUACCACUUUGUUUUCCUGCAGCUCCUCGGCCUGGUCACUGAGGUGAACCUGAACAACAUGCUGUGCCCGGCAGUGUCCGACCCCUUCUAUGGGCCUUGGUACCGGAUUUGGGCAGGAGGACACCAGACUGUGCUGACCCUGAUUCACGGGAAGAUUGUGACCUUUCUCUCUCAACACUUAGGAUCUGUCUGCAGAUACAUGCUGGACACUGUGCGGUUGCGGGGCAAGAAAGUCGACUGAGUGUACAGGCGUGUGGGGAUGAGGGAAUUUUAAGUUAUGCUUAUGACAAUAAUCUUUUUUUUACCAUUUGUGGGUUGUUCGUGGUCCUCAAGUUUGCAUCACUGUUUUUGUUGUUGGCUUGCAUAAAGGCUUGCAUGCAAAUGUUAUAGGCCCAUUGCUAAUUUGUAUAAGGCCCAUUGCUAAUUUGUAUUAAGCCUUUCCUGAGAGUUUCUCAAGACUUGUAAAUGUGAGUAAUGGGACAGGGAGAUACUGUUCUGCUGAUGUUACACUUUGUUGUUUGUUGUUAUGGAAGCUGCCAUUUCAAAAAGACGUUUGCUAAUGUGAGCCAUCAUAUGUCUGUUUGCUAAUUGCAAGCAGAUGUUUAAUCCAUGGUUAAAGUAACUUUUCACUUUCAAUGUUGCCAUGACUGAAAGUGUAUUUUCAAUGUGUUCCACUGUGCAUGUGCCUACAAAGGCAUCGUGGCAUUGUUCAUUCAGAUCAUUCCAGUUACAAUAUUCAGGAAACAUGUAUAAAGAGAUCCCAUAUUGUGAAAGACGCAUGGAUCUACAGUGGGACUUUUAUAUGUCUGACCAGAGAGCUGUUUGUGUGUUGGAAUAGAUGUUCUAUAUUUGCCUAUAUCAACAGCCCUUUUAGUCUUGAUUUACAAAUGUUUAUUGUAUAUUUCAGACACUUGAAUUAUUAUUACAGGGUAUCCCGAAUGCACUCCACUUGUGCAAGGUUAAUUGUGUGACAUUUACAUGAAGUCACUUUGGGGCAUUUAUUAAAUACUCAUUAGGUAUUAUAACUCCAAAGUAUAAUUGUACUCCAUGUAGGUCUAAGGGCUGUGUGUCUAUAACUGUAGCAUAUAUUGCACUGUAAAGAAGGGAUGUUUUAUAUGUGUACUGUAUUCAUCAUUAAAUUGGUUCAUUUGGUCAAUUCA